UUUAUGUAGAAGAAGUGGAUUUAGAAAAUCAUUAUUAAUAUCUCAACAAGAUUUGAUGUAGUGGUUUCACUUAAUAAUCAAAUUUGCAUAGAUUAAAUUAUCUUAUUACGUAAAUCCAAACUAAUUUGAUUUUUUAGUGUUCGGCUACAUUUAAUCAAACUUGAAUGAAAAUGGCUUAACCUUAAACAAGGGCACAUCUACUCCUAAAUCUCUAUCCCGUACUGGAUUCACUUCUGCCGCACUAUACAAUUUAUCGAGAUAAGAAGCGCAAUUACUUGAAAUUACUAUAAAAUGUGGAGAUCCUGUUCAUUGUAUCAAUUUGAUUUCGACGAUAGAAAAAGAGGAACGUGAAGUGAUAUUCUUUGAGACAAUCAACAAAAUGAAGUCAAUAGUCAAAUCGAAGUAUAUUUAUCUUGUCGUAUUUACAGUUAAUAUUGUCGCAUUCUCCACUGGCUCCUUGAUGUCCAGCACAUCCUCCCAAAUUUCCAAACUGAGUGACAUUGAAAAUAGCCCUUUGGGUAGAGUCAUCACCAGUACCGAAGAAAGUUUGAUUGGCUCCCUGUAUGCAAUCGGCGGAAUGUUUGGACCCGUACUGUUGGCGUUACUCUCGUCAAAAUUUGGAAAACGCUGCUCUGUCAUAGCGUUGGCCGUGCCUUUUGCGUUUGCUACGCUGACUUACGCCUUUGCGGAGACUAUUUAUUUGUUUUAUAUAGCAAGAAUUGUUGGUGGUAUUGGUAUUGCCUCUACAUAUUCCAUACUUAUAUUGUAUUUGGCGGAGGUAUCAGAUAAACAUAACAGAGGAUUGUGCUCCACAUCUUUUGUAAUAUUUCUUAACUUGGGUAUGGUGUUUGCCUACUGCGUAUCACCAUACACGUCACUGAAGGUUUACAACUUGACUGCGUCUGUGUUUCCUGUAGUAUUUGCAGUUGCGUCUUUUCUCAUAAUUCCGGAAUCUCCUUUCGAUUUAGUGGCCAACGGUAGAAACGAGGAAGCAAAAGAAGUUCUUGUAAAGCUUCGGGGGACAGAUGCGAAUAUAAAGGAGGAGAUACAAGUAAUUAGUGAUACCAUUGCAAAAAACAGUGAAAAAGCUUCUAUUAAAGAUAUGAUCAGUUCGAAAGCGGUGAGAUCAGCAUUUGUUAUUUCAAUAUUGUUGAUGAUUAGUCAACAAUUCUCUGGAUUUUCUGUUAUUUUGGUUUAUACGGAACAAAUAUUUGAGGAAACAAAUGGUAGUUUAACACCUGUACAAUCUUCAAUUGUAAUUGGAGUGGUAGGAUUAUUAUUUUCACCAGUCGCUCCACUGUUCAGUGACAGAUUUGGUAGACGAAUUUUGCUAUUAUCAUCUAUAUGUGGAUGUUUUCUAAUGCUGGUCAGUAUUGGAGUGUAUUUUUGCCUAAAAGAGACUGGCAUUAACGUAGAUGCCAUAUCUUGGUUGCCUAUAGUGUGCGUCGUUUUGUUUAUAUUUUUUAAAAAUUUUGGACUUAUGCCAUUAGUUUGGCCAAUAGUUACUGAGCUACUGCCACAAAAUGUGAAGUCACAAGGUGCUGGCAUACUGAAUAUGCUAUCAAAUGUAUCAAGUUUCGUUGUUACGUUCCUGUUUCCUAUAAUGCAGGAAUCAAUGGGAUUAGCAGCAAUUUUUUGGUUCUAUGGGGCAAUUAUAAUGGUGACCGGCAUCUACUAUUAUUUUAAAUUACCUGAAACUAAAGGAAAGAGCAUGCAGGAAAUUCAAGAUAUUCUUUCGUCAUAGAAGAUACAACAAUUGUG